AUGGCCGUGAAAAACUAUACCAUGGUGACUGAAUUCAUCCUUCUUGGACUAACAGAUCAGCUGGAUCUUCAAGUCCCACUCUUUGUCUUAUUUCUGGUGAUCUAUGUUCUGACAUUGGCUGGUAAUAUGGGAAUGAUUAUAUUGAUCAGGAUCAGUCCCCAGCUCCAUACUCCCAUGUACUUCUUUCUCAGCAAUCUGUCUGUGGUUGAUCUCUGCUAUUCUUCCAUCUUUGCUCCAAGGCUGCUGAUGAAUUUAGCUCAGUAUAAAACAAUUUCUUAUGCUGGAUGCAUCACCCAACACUGUCUUUUUGUAGUAUUUGUGACUACUGAAGGGUUCCUGCUUGCUGCAAUGGCAUAUGACCGCUAUGUAGCCAUUUGUAACCCAUUGCUCUAUACUGCUGUUAUGACCAAAAGCGUUUGCAUUCAUCUAGUAUCCGGGUCAUAUUUAGGGGGGUUAUUGAAUUCACUCACACAGACAUCUGGUUUACUGACAUUGUCAUUCUGUGUUCCUAGUAUAAUUAACCACUUUUUUUGUGAUACACCAGCUAUGCUGCAAGUCGCAUGCUCUGAUACCCACAUUAAUGAACUUUUAUUGGUCAUUUUUUCUGGUGUAAUUGCUCUUUCUACAUUACUGAUCAUCAUCAUCUCCUAUCUAUGCAUCCUUACCACAAUCAUAAAGAUCCGUUCUUCUGAGAGCAGAUACAAAGCCUUCUCAACCUGUGCCUCCCACCUAACUGCUGUAACCUUGUUCUAUGGACCAGUAAGUUUAAGUCAUUUGCAGCCCAGUUCCAUGUAUUCUCAGGAGCAAGAAAAAGUCUCAGCUGUGUUCUAUACCCUGGUAGUCCCUAUGCUGAACCCAUUGAUUUACAGCUUAAGGAACAAAGAAGUAAAGGAUGCCUUAAAGAAAGCAAUCAACUGUUAA